AAUUCGGGUUAACACUCGACGUCUCAUGAAGUCCUGAGUCCCGACUCUUGAAUUCCUCACUCUUUCUAUCUAUCACAUCCCCAAAUUAGACUCCCUCUCCGAACCCUAACUUUCUCCAUCCUCCCCGGCGCACUAUUUCUCUCUCAUCAACAACGAUGCAGAACGGUAAGGUUCGAUGGGGAGAACUUGACGAAGACGAAGGAGAAGAUUUGGAUUUCCUGCUACCUCCAAGGCAGGUGAUUGGUCCAGAUGACAACGGCGUCAAAAAGGUCAUCGAGUAUAAAUUCAAAGAUGAUGGAACCAAGGUUAAGAUCACCACCACAACUAGGGUUCGUAAGCUAGCCAAAGCUCACCUUAGCAAGAAGGCAGUUGAGCGCAGGUCUUGGUCUAAAUUCGGCGAUGCCGUUCACGUUGAUGUCGGGGCUCGUCUUACAAUGGUUUCUACUGAAGAAAUAGCCCUUGAACGCCCUAAGCCUCAUGGGACUAAACAAGAGGAGACUAAAUCUGCAGGGGAUAACCCUUUCGGUAGCAAAGGUGCUGUCCUUAUGGUUUGCAGGACUUGUGGUAAAAAGGGUAACCACUGGACUGCGAUGUGUCCCUACAAGGAUCUCGCACAACCUCCUGAAAGUUUUGCUGAUAAGCCUCCCACAGAUGGGCCAGCAACUGCUUCUACAACUGGUUCCAAAGGAGCUUAUGUUCCUCCGAGUUUGAGGGCAGGUGCUGAGAGAACCCCUACUGACAUGAAACGCAGGAAUGAAGAGAACUCAGUUCGUGUUACUAACCUAUCAGAGGAUACCAGAGAGGCUGAUCUUCAUGAGCUCUUCAGAACUUUUGGUCAGAUCACCCGUGUUUAUGUAGCCAUUGACCAGAAGACUGGGUUGACCAGAGGUUUUGGAUUUGUAAACUUUGCCAUCCGAGAAGAGGCUGAGCGAGCCAUCAACAAGCUUAAUGGUUAUGGUUAUGAUAAUCUCAUCCUUAGGGUCGAAUGGGCCACGCCAAGGGCAACCUAGAAUCAUGAAUUUUUUAUAGUAUAUGAAAUCAUAUUUUGAUGAUUCGGAAAAACAAAUUACCCUUCGUCCUUUUUUAUUUUUUACGUGGUAACAUGCACGCGAUUUAACAACUAA